AUGAUCAAACGGCUUCUUCACAACAUGUCCAGACAUGAUCGAAUUUUUAACACCUUAAGUAAGGAAUUAGAGGCCAGAAAUAUUGAGUUGUAUAACGACAGUUACAAACACGCCCAUCAUGCGGCGAUGAAAGGUUUAGAAGAAAAAAACGAAACACACUUUCGAUUGAACAUAAUAUCGCCAAAAUUUACAGGGCUAACAAGGGUCGCACGACAUCGCCUGGUUUACUCAUCUUUAAAAGAUGAGUUUGAAAACGGACUACAUGCUUUGCAAAUAACCUCUGCGAAGACUCCUCAAGAACUCGAAAAGCAAUAG